GGGAUCAAUCAGGCCGAGGAGUUAAUUAUGUAAUGAGGGGGUAGGGGGUCGGGACUAGUGAAGCCGCGAGGGAGAGGGGAGGGUACCCAGGUAUCCGGCCUCCUCUUGGACCCCUUCGAGGCCCCAGGGGUCUCCAUUCCAACCCACCUCCAGGGCCCCAAGGAGGGGAGGGGCUGUGAUCUCUAGUUUGGAAGGGGCUGUGCUGUGAGCUAUAAAGGGGGCAUCCCUUAGACCCCGGAUUCUAGCAACGGGACACAAGGCCAGAAGAAACUACAACAUGUACCAUCCACGAGAAUUGUACCCCUCCCUGGGGACUGGCUACCGUCUGGGACACCCCCAGCCUGGGGCAGACUCCACCUUCCCACCUGCCCUGACAGAGGGCUACCGCUACCCUGAUUUGGAUACGUCUAAACUGGAUUGCUUCCUCUCUGGGAUUGAGGCAGCUCCCCACACUCUGGCGGCACCCACUCCUUUGCCCCUUCUCCCGUCUGCUCUGGGCCCUGAGACAGCACCGCCACCCCCAGAAGCCCUUCACUCGCUUCCUGGGGUCAGCCUGAGCCUGGAGAACCAGGAACUGUGGAAGGAAUUCAGCGCUGUGGGGACAGAGAUGAUCAUCACCAAGGCUGGCAGGCGCAUGUUUCCUGCUUGCCGCGUAUCAGUCACUGGCCUGGACCCAGAGGCCCGCUACUUGUUCCUUCUGGAUGUGGUUCCAGUGGAUGGGGCCCGAUAUCGCUGGCAGGGCCAGCACUGGGAGCCCAGUGGCAAGGCCGAGCCCCGCCUACCCGACCGUGUCUACAUUCACCCUGAUUCUCCUGCCACCGGUGCCCACUGGAUGCGGCAGCCCGUAUCCUUCCAUCGCGUUAAGCUCACCAACAGCACGCUGGACCCCCAUGGCCACCUGAUCUUGCACUCGAUGCACAAGUACCAGCCACGCAUCCACCUGGUGAGAGCCACCCAACUUUGCAGCCAACACUGGGGGGGUGUGGCCUCCUUCCGAUUUCCUGAGACCACAUUCAUCUCUGUAACAGCCUACCAGAAUCCUAGGAUCACACAGCUGAAGAUCGCAGCCAAUCCCUUUGCCAAAGGUUUCCGAGAAAAUGGCAGAAACUGUAAGAGGGAGCGGGAUGCCCGUGUGAAGAGGAAACUUCAGGGCCCAGAGCCAGUGGCCACAGAGGCCUGUGGGAGUGGGGAUACACCAGGGGGUCCCUGUGACUCCACCCUGGGUGGGGACAUUCGGGACUCAGAUCCAGAGCAGGCCCCAACCCCCCGGGAAGCUGCUUCUGCCUCAGCUCCUCCAUGUGGGGGCCCCAGUGCUGAGGCCUACCUCCUGCACCCGGCAGCUUUUCAUGGGGCCCCCAGUCACCUACCAGUCAGGACCCCCAGCUUCCCUGAGGCUCCAGACCCUGGGCGCCCAGCCCCCUACUCAGCUGCAUUCCUGGACCUACAGCCUGGACCAGGGGGCUCUGCCUAUCAGACAGCUCCAUCUGUACCAUCCUUUGCCCCACAUUUCAUUCAAGGGGGCCCCUUCCCUCUACCAUACCCAGGACCUGGAGGUUAUCUGGACAUGGGAUCCAAGCCAAUGUACUGAGCCAUGAUGUAGUAAGCCAAGACAAGGCCUAUGCCAUCAUCCCUUAAUCCUCCAGCUCCCUUCCCCCAGCCUGGUAACAUCUGCAUUGAAGUGGUACCCCCCUCCCCCCACCAAAUGGCUGGCUUGGGUGGGCCUCUCUUCUACACUUUAGUUCACACCUUGAUUUCACUCCACCCCCUCUGGCUUCAAAGCUCAGGCAAGGCGGCUCUGAGUCCAGCUGGGGCCAGCUUCCCCUCAGCUCUCACCUCAGUGCGAAUGGAGGAAUGGAGGGAGACUCUGCCUGGACAAAUGGGGCCGAGCCCAGUACCCCCACCUCCUGGGGGCCUUGUCACUAGUGUAAGCCACACCAAUUUGUUCUCAAGAUCAGAGUAUUUUUGUUAAUAAAACUCCAAAGACAUUAGUGCCCAGGAAACUUGAGCUAAUGGUGUUGGCCCUGGGUGGGGCGGGGGAGCCACAGCUUUAAGGUCCAGGUGCUUGCCCUUGUGGAUAGGAAAGAGCCUGCUCUGAGCAUGUCCCCUUCAAGAAGAUGGAUAAGUUUCCUCACAAUGGUUGCUUUAAGAAUCAAGGCUGUCUAGGGUUUCACACAGCACUAAGGAAGCCUUUGGGAAAGAUUAGCAGAUGGAGCCUGAAGGCUCUGGCCCAGUGAACAAGCAGAGCAGGACUCCAUGUCCACCCCAAUCAAAAAACCUGACAGAACCCCUAAGACUAUUUUUCUUCUUUUAUUAGAAUUUUUUUCUUUUUUUCUCAAAAUGUUUUAUCUAAAAACAAAACCAAA